GAACGCUAGCUCCCAUGCUUGGGAAAUUCGUUUUACAUGUUUUAACAAAGGUAUGAUUUACUUUUGGAUGAUUUCUUAGCUUUUACUUUAGAUAAAUUGAACAGAUCAAAAGAGGCUUUAGAAAAUUAUGACUAAGCAAUUUAGAUAGGCCCAAAUAUUUCUGACUAUUAUAAUGGCAAAGCAUUGACAUUAGUGAAAAUGAAUCGAUACUAUGAGGCUUUAGAAAAUUACGAUUAAGCAAUUCUGAUUAAUUCAAAUGAUUUUCGUUAUAAUUUUAACAAAGCUGCUCUUCUAUAUAAUAUGAACAAAUUUGAAGAAGCUUAAGAAAAUUAUGAAAUCGGAUUUCAGAAAAAUCCAGAAUAUUAUGACUAUUAUUAUCGUAAAGCUGAUACUCUAGAGAAAAUGAACAGAUUUUAAGAGGCUUUGGAAUAUUAUGAUGAGGCAAUAUUGAAAAACCCCACAAUUUCAAAGUACUAUAGUCGCAAGGCUUUUAUAUUAUGUAAAAAGAAACAAUUUGAAGAGGCUCUGGAAAAUUAUGAUAUAGCAAUCUCAAUAGAUCCAGAAGAUUCCGAAGGUUAUUUUGGUAAAGCUAAUACAUUAUCUCAAAUGAACAGAUUUGAAGAGGCUCUAUAAUUUUAUGAAUCAGCAAUUUAGAAAAAUCCAGAAAAUUCAGAUUAUUGUUAUCACAAAGGUUAUACAUUAAAUCAAAUGUAAAGAUUUGAAGAAGCUCUGUAAUGGUAUGAUUCAGCAAUUGAGAGAAAUCCAGAAAAAUCUGACUAUUAUAAUCGAAAAGCAAAUACUUUAGAUUAAAUGUAAAGAUUUGAGGAGGCUUUGGAAGGUUAUGAUUUAGCAAUUUAGAAAAAUCCAGAAAAUUAAAGUUGUCAUAUUAACAAAGCUUAUACUCUAGAUAAAUUGGACAAAUUGUAAAAGAUUUUCAAUAUUUAGAAUAAUUCAAAUGUUUAAAAGAAAUAUAAUUACAACUUCUAACUUAUAAAAUAAUAUAUUAACAGGUAUUAAGAAUUUCGUGAUUUGGUUAAUGAACAUUCUAAAUGAAUAUCGAUAUAUUUUUAAAAUAUUUUCAUCUAAAUUAAAUAG